AUGACGAGUCUCUCGACUACCAACGGCCACACAAAUGGAGGCACCCCCGCUUCUGGGGAGCAUGGACCCUACGAUUUGUGCGUCGUGGGCGCUGGCCCUGCCGGCCUCAUGCUGAGUGUCAUCGCUGCAAAGUUGGGUCUGACAGUCAAGGUGGCUGAUGAGAGGCCUGACCAGACCACGGUCGGCAGGGCUGAUGGCAUCCAACCCAAGACGAUUGAGACAUUCCAGAUGCUACGCAUCGGUGAUGAACUCAUGAAGACUGGAGUUAGAGUACACGACAUUUGUCUCUGGCGAGGAUCACAGAAGGAGGGUAUCCGCCGCACAGGACGAGAGGUUCACUACCCAGCCUCUGUUGUUGAUGUUCUGGAGCCAUACAUCUUGCUGUGCCAUCAAGGAAUGAUGGAGAGCACAUUCAUUGACGACCUUCGGAAGAGUGGUGUUGAAGUCAGCCGCAGCCACACGUUCACUGGCUUCACAUCACAGUCUGAGGAUCCAUCAAGCUCCCUUCUCAUCAACUGCGACCUUCCUAACGAGAAAACGACUAUCCAAGCACGAUAUCUCGUUGGCUCUGAUGGUGCGCGUUCGCAGGUUCGCAACUGUAUCCCCGACGCCAAUGGACAAGGAAGCCCUCACAACUCUGUAUGGGGUGUUCUUGAUGGCGAGCUUGAUACAGACUUCCCAGAUAUCUGGAGCAAGACGGUUGUGUUCUCUGAAGAGCAUGGCUCAGUUUUGAUCAUUCCACGAGAGCGCAACAUGACUCGUCUUUAUAUCGAGAUGAAGUCUUCCAUCACUUCCAAGGGCCUUGCUCAGGACUACGUGAUGGAGCAAGCAAGACGUGUCAUGGCUCCCUAUCGAGUUGAAUGGGUCUCGGUUGAGUGGUUCGGGAACUACGCGGUCUCUCAACGCGUAGCCUCGAAGUUCCUUGACCCAACAGCUCGGGCCUUUAUCGCGGGAGACGCAAGUCAUACUCAUAGCCCCAAGGCUGCUCAGGGCAUGAACACCAGCGUACACGACUCGUGGAACCUGGGAUGGAAGCUCAACCUGGCUGCGCGAGGCUUCGCCAAGAAUAAAAUCCUCCUCCAGAGCUACGAGCAGGAGAGAAAGAAGAUUGCCCACGAUCUCAUCAACUUUGACUUUGAGCAUGCCAAUGAGAUUGCUGGUGGCGAUGCAAAGCGCCUAGCAGAGAACUUUCGCAAGAACACCAGGUUCAUCUCCGGAAUAGGGGUCGAGUAUGGCUCAAACGAGCUCAACCAAGGGCUUGAAGAGGCGUAUGGUGGUAACGCGAAGCCCGGAUGCAACCUCCCACCCGCCAAAGUCACAAGAUACAUCGAUGCCUGUCCCGUCGACAUUCAGCUCGACAUUCCUAUCCUGGGCCAGUUCCGCUUGUACUUUGUUGUUCCUAACAUCACGGGAAGUGGUGAGAGAAGCUUCCUUGAAAGCUUCGGUCAAGCUGCAUCAGCCCCUUCAUCAUUCUUGUCUCAGCUUUCCAAGGCAGGUGAAGCAUCAUACAAGACCAAGCCUCGUGCUAAGCGUGCCGACGAUGCCUAUCUAAGACCAGAACGGUAUACCACCGUCAGCCAACUCUUUACAUACGGCCUUAUCACAUCUAGCAACAAGAACGAGUUUGAGAUUGCCGAGCUUCCUGAGACCUUUUCCAAGAGCAAGUGGACAGUGUAUCUUGACGAUGUGUCAUACCUCGAUAGGCGAGGAGUCUCAUGCACAGAAAAAUGGCUAGGGCCUGUUAGCCAAGGUGAAGUGGCUGUCAUUGUGGUCAGGCCUGAUGGAUAUGUCGGUACUCUUCGUCGUUUCAAGGGCGCAGGAGGCGAGGACGGGAAGGCUGCAGUACAAUGGCUGGAUUCGUACUUUCAGGGGUUCCUUCAGGUCCUCCAAAGCCUGUAA